UUCACCUCACUCGCCCAGAGACCUCCAACGCGGAAGGAAAGGAAGGAUGAAGCCGACCAGGGAAACCCCCCGGAUUCUGCUGCUGUUGGCCUUGAUUAACUUCUGGCCGUUGGCGACCGCUCAACUCGCGGGCCUGGAGGCGGUUGAGUGUCCAUUCCCAGAGGGGCAAGAGGUGCUAUCUGAAGAAGAAUGCGGCAAAUACAGCGCCUGCGAAUGGACUGAAGGGCGCUGCCAUAUGGCAGAUGCCAGCAAGGGAAGUUACCUGGUGGUUGGAGCGCCUGUUCAGACAGACAGAGGCUUCAAGGUAUCUCUCCAGAAGGCAGAUGCCAGUGUUACAAUGUUCGGAGGAGAUAUUACCAACCUGGUUUUCGAAGUUAUACAUCAUGAGGACUACCACCUCCAGAUCAAGAUCUACGACGCUGACAAUGAAAGGUACGAAGUUCCUGUGCCUGUCAAUGUACCUGAAACACCCGAUCCUCAACAACUGUAUUCUGUGACUGUCUCCGAGGAUGGACAGCCACUCGAAUUCGGCGUCACCAGAAACUCCAACGGAAACACGCUUUUCCAAUCAGUCGGCCCCCUUACCUUCGAGGACCAAUUUUUGCAAAUCCACACGAAGCUCCCCUCAACUUACUUGUACGGCUUCGGAGAGAACACCCACCUCUCCUUCAGACACGUCUUCGAACCCAGGACCACUUUCCCCAUCUUCGCAAGGGACCAGCCGAUCGGCACAGAACAAAUGAACGUUUACGGACACCUUCCUUAUUAUAUGGUCAUGGAAGACGACGAAGGGAAUUCGCAUUCCGUUCUUCUCUUCAACUCUAAUGCCAUGGAAUACUCCACCUACCUUCUGGACGACGGAUCUCCUGCAGUGACCCUCAGAACAAUCGGAGGCAUCCUGGACUUCCACGUGUUCCUCGGGCCCUAUCCUGAGGACCUUGUCAACCAGUACACCGAACUGGUUGGCAAUCCCAUCUUCCCUCCUUACUGGUCUCUGGGAUUCCAUCUUUCCCGCUGGGGCUACAAUUCUACCAGCGGGGUCAGGGAGGCGAGAGAGAGGAUGAAGGCCAUGGGAAUACCACAGGACGGCCAGACAAUGGACAUUGAUUACAUGGACGGGCGCAAGGAUUUCACCUACGAUCCAGAAGCCUGGGCUGACCUUCCAGAACUUAUUGAGGAGCUCCACAAGGAUAAUCUGAAAGUCACUCUCAUUUUGGAUCCAGCCCUGGUCAUCGACUUCGACAACUAUCCACCUUCUACCAGAGGGAAAGAAGCAGAUGUUUUCAUCAGGUGGGCGAACGAAUCUCUCGUUCCGCCCGACCAAAAGACGUGUUGCAAGGAUUACAUGGUCGGUUACGUCUGGCCAGAGGAGAAGACCGUCUUUCCAGACUUCUUCAAACCAGAGACGCAUGACUGGUGGCAAAACGAGCUGAAGCUUUUCCAUGACGUGCUGGACUUCGACGCCCUCUGGAUUGACAUGAACGAGCCGUCCAACUUCGGCACGAACUUAGAAAUGCCCUGGAACUGGCCUUCUGGAAAGGAGCCGUGGAGCCUCAAGUGUCCCAACAAUACCCUCGACCUGCCUCCUUACCCAACGAAAAUGAUUCGUGUUGGGGACAACCAGAGCAAGAGAAUAAGUGACCACACGCUGUGCAUGUCAGCAAUACAGACGGACGGAGCCGAAACUUAUUUCCACUAUGACGUCCACAGCCUCUAUGGGUGGAGCGAGACUGUGGCUACUUACAAUGGUCUCCAACAAGUGCUUCCCGAGGUCCGACCUGUCGUGCUGACGAGGUCAACCUUCCCUGGGUCAGGUCAAUACGCCAUCCACUGGCUAGGCGACAACUCGGCCAACUGGAAACACAUGCAUAUGUCUAUCAUUGGAAUGCUCGAUUUCAACAUGUUCGGCAUGCCUAUGGUCGGUGCUGACAUCUGUGGGUUCUUCGACGAACCUGAUAUGGAAUUGUGUGCUCGGUGGAUGCAGCUUGGAGCCUUUUAUCCGUUCAGCCGGAACCACAACACACUGGGAACACGUGAUCAAGAUCCAGCUGUUUGGCCUGAAGUAGGAGCCAUCUCCAGGGACGUUCUUAAUCUCAGAUACAAGUACCUGCCUUAUCUCUACACGUUGUUCCACAAGGCCCACAUGCACGGCGGUUCCAUAGUGCGACCUUUGCUGAACGUCUUCCCGAGUGACCUCGCAGCCAGAGACGUCGAUGACCAGUUCAUGUGGAGCACUAGGCUCAUGGUGGCUCCCGUCAUCGAGCAAGGUGCCGAGAGCAGAGAGGUUUACUUCCCCCAGGGUCUGUGGUAUGAACUGAAAUCGGGGAAAUUAGCAGCUUCUGGCCCCGAGAGGAGGACUGUGGAGGCUCCACUGGAGGUCCUCCCUAUUUACAUCCCUGGGGGAGCCAUCCUACCUUGGCAAGAACCGGGUUUAACAACAGUUGAGAGUCGAACCAAUCCCAUGGGGCUUACAAUAGCCCUGGACGCCUCAGGAAACUCAACAGGAGACAUCUUCUGGGACCAAGGGGACGGUUACCAAGCCAUGAAGAGGGCCUACAUGAGUUUCUUCAGUUUCGAUGGGAACGCACUCUCAAUGGACAUCAAACACGGAGAAGAAUCAGUAGAGGGUCUGGUUCUCGAGUCCUUCUCCUUCUACGGGUUCUCAACUAAUCCCACAGACAUCAGCAUAAACGGCACCAGCAUCCCGUCUUCUGAUUGGUCGUUCGACGCCGACAACAACGUGCUGGAGGUCUCCGCCGUUCUCCCGCUCAAUCAGGAAUUUACAAUGACGAUCGCUCGGCCAAUGACUAAUGAACUGGCCUACACAAUGUACUACCAGAAGACUCUCACCCAUUUCCUAUGGACACUGGGUACCAGCCAGAAGCUUUGGACCGAGGUAGCCUAUAAGAAGUCUGUAACGAGGUCUGGCUCUAGCAAAGGAAUAUGUCGUUCCGGGCUGGUGGCUACAUUGGCCGUUCUGGCCACCUGGUGCUUCCUGGCAGUUACCUGCCAGGAGACACUGCUAGCCAUCGAGUGUCCUUUCCCAGAGGGCCAAGAUGUGGCAUCAGAGCAGGAAUGUGCGAAGUACAGCGCCUGCCAAUGGACAGACGGAAAGUGCCACAUGGCGGACAACCAGAGCGGAGGCUACCUGGUUGUCGGGGAGCCCGUCGACACUGGAAGGGGCUUCAAGGUCAACCUGAAGAAGGCAGACGAAGCUCUGACUAUGUUUGGGGAUGACAUUACGAACCUGGUCCUCGAAGUCAUCCAUCAUGAACAACAUCACCUCCAGAUCAAGAUUUACGACGCCGAUGCCCAUCGCUACGAAGUACCUGUGCCACUUAGUCUGCCAGAAGAGCCUGACCUUGACCAGCUCUACACAGUAGAGGUCAGCGGAGAUGGGCAGCCCCUGGACUUGACCGUUAAGAGGGCCGCCAACGACAAUGUUCUGUUCCACACCAUUGGCCCCUUGACCUAUGAAAACCAGUUCCUGCAGUUCACAACAUCUCUGGCCUCCACUUAUCUCUACGGCUUGGGCGAGAACACCCACCUCUCCUUCAGACACGUUUUCGAACCUAGGACGACCUUCCCAAUCUUCGCAAGGGACCAAAUGAUCAAAACGGAGGGAAUGAACGAAUAUGGGCACCAUCCUUACUACAUGGUCAUGGAAGACGACGCAGGGAAUUCGCAUUCGGUUCUUCUCUUCAACUCUAAUGCCAUGGAAUAUUCCACCUUCCACCUGGACGACGGAACUCCAGCCCUGACCAUGAGGACAAUCGGUGGUAUUAUCGACCUCCACGUCUUCUUAGGUCCAUAUCCAGAGGACCUGAAUGUCCAGUAUGCAAAUAUGAUUGGCAAUCCAGCCUUCCCCCCUUACUGGGCUCUUGGCUUCCAGCUAUCUAGAUGGGGAGUCAACUCAACCAGUGAAGUCAGGGAGACCAGAGAAAGGAUGAGAGCCAGUGGGAUUCCACAGGACGUCCAGUAUUUUGACAGUGACUACAUGAACGGCCAGAGGGACUUCACUUUGGACCGCGAAAAUUGGGCUGACCUCCCAGAGCUGAUUCACGAGCUCCACGCAGACAACUUGAGAGUCACUCUCAUUGUGGACCCAGCCAUUGCCAACGAAUUCGAAGACUACCCUACAGCAGGCAGAGGCAAGGAACUGGGUUUCAUCAAGUGGAUGGACGAGAAAUACGUGCCCCCGGACCAGAUGCCCUGCUGCCUCGACUACAUGGUGGGCAGAGUGUGGCCAGAAAACAAAACAGUCUUCCCUGAUUUCCUGAAGCCGGAAACCCACGACUGGUGGCAGAACGAACUGCACCUUUUCCACGACGUCCUGGAAUACGACGGCAUCUGGAUCGACAUGAACGAACCAGCCAGCUUCAACACCAACAUGGGCGAGGGGGAACUUACCUGUCCUGAUAAUCACUUGGAUUCGCCUCCCUAUCCGACUAUGAUGGUCCGGGUUGGAGACAGCGACAGCAAGAGAAUCAGCGAUCAUUCCCUCUGCAUGUCAGCCAAUCAGUCUGAUGGGGCUUAUCUUCACUACGAUGUUCACAGUCUGUAUGGUUGGAGCGAAAGUGAAGCUACUUUCAAUGCUCUGGAAGCGUUGUUCCCCAAAAAACGUCCAUUCAUCUUGUCGAGGUCAACUUUCCCUGGAUCAGGCCAAUAUGCUUUCCACUGGCUUGGUGACAAUUCGGCUGAAUGGGCCCAGAUGCAUAUGUCAGUUAUUGGAAUGCUUGAAUUCAACAUGUUCGGAAUCCCGAUGGUUGGAGCCGAUAUCUGUGGCUUCUACAAUGAGCCUAGCAUGGAGAUGUGUGCUCGGUGGAUGGAGCUGGGAUCUUUCUAUCCAUUCAGCCGGAACCACAACGUGCGGGGAGCUGCAGCUCAGGACCCAGCCGCCUGGCCACAGGUUGCCGAAAUCUCGCGUGAAACUUUGCUCCUUAGAUACAAGUACCUGCCUUAUCUGUACGCUCUUUUCCACAGAGCACAUAUGCAUGGGCAUUCAGUAGUACGUCCACUUCUGAACGUUUUUCCAACCGACCUUGCUGGCCGAGAUGUCGAUGACCAGUUCAUGUGGGGUGACAUGCUCAUGAUUGCUCCAGUCCUAGAGGAAGGAAUUAAAUCUAGGGAUGUCUAUUUCCCUGAGGAUUUGUGGUAUGAUCUGAAAUCUGGUGCUCUAGCGGCUACUGGCCCAGUGACUCACACCGUCGAUGCUCCGCUAGAAGUCAUCCCUCUGUAUAUCAGGGGUGGAUCUAUUAUGCCUUGGCAGGAACCCGCAGUGACUACUCGUGAGAGUCGUAUGAACCCAUUCGGACUGACAAUUGCACUCGAUGCCCAAGGGGACGCCGAAGGUGAGAUCUUCUGGGACGACGGAGAGGAAGAGCAUAUCAUGUCUGAAGCCUACAUGAACUUCCUCACCUUUGAAGCGAACCAGCUCUCCACCCAAAUCAUGCACGGGCACGAGGCCGUCAAGGGCCUCAACCUGGAGAUGGUCUCCUUCUACGGGUACCCGAGCGACCCGACAGACAUCAGCAUCAACGGCACGAGCAUCGCUUCCAGCGACUGGAAGUACGACGCGGACGUCAGCGUCCUGGAAGUGACCGUGGUCAUUCCGUUGGGCCAGGAAUUCGUGCUCACGAUCACACAUUAAAUACCGGUUAUUAGAUACCAAUUUGCUGCUGCGGAUUGGUUGGGUUUUCCUUGGUGAGCCUCAUGGAAAGUCAGACUUGGGUUUUUGUUUGUUUACGUUAUUUAUGUCGUGAAGGUGCUUAAUAAAGUUAGAAAAAU